AUGUCAGCUUCUGCUAUUCGGAAGGUUGAAAAAGAUAUAAUGAUUGAUGAAGAAUUAGAUCGUCAUGCUGACGACAACGUCAGGGAAUAUGUAGAAAAAGAUGAGGACGAUUACACGCACUUGAAAAGUAGUAUGUUUCUUAAAAAUAAUAAUCAUAUGGACAAUGUUUCGUAGGUGUCUGGAGACACAACAAUUCUCAAGCGAAAUACUGUUCAGCUUUAUCAAUCGUACAACUUUGCCCAUCAGCCCAACAGUAAUUUACCUAUUCUCUCUAUGAGACACAAGAUUGUAUCCAUGAUUGCCAGCAAUUCUGUCGUUAUCAUUUGCGGUUCUACAGGCUGUGGGAAAACGACACAUGUACCACAAUUUAUUCUUGAUGCUGAAUUUGAAAAGAAACAACACUGUAACAUCAUAGUGACACAGCCGAGCGGCAUCGCCGCUCUAAGCAUCGCGAAACGAGUCAGCGCAGAAAGAAAAUGGCUCGUUGGUACACUUGUGGAAUAUGAAAUGGGUUUGAUCAAGAACGUAAGCCACGAUACUCGCAUAACAUAUUGCACGACUGGUGUGCUCUUAAAUAGGCUCACGAAUAAGAAGCACAUGACGGACUACACUCAUGUCAUAUUGGACGAGGUGCACGAACGCGACGAAGACAUGGAUUUUCUUCUGCUCGUAGUGAGAAAAUUAUUACGUACAAAUUCUACGACAGUUAAAAUAAUACUGAUGUCCGCGACGAUCGACGUGGACAAAUUUUCCAAGUAUUUCUCAACGCCUGUAGAAAAUCUACUUGCACCCACGCCAAUCAUCGAUAUACCCAAGAGCAGCCCUUACGAUAUUUCUAUAUCGUACAUAAACGAGAUGAAAAAUUUUGGUGGUAGCAUCCCUAAAGUAGACGAGGAACCAAAAUUCACGACAAAGAUGGCAGAGUUUGCCGCGCAUACCAUACACGUUUUCGAUAGUAUGGACGAUAAGAAAUAUGAUGGCGACAACGAUGAAAGGGCCACUGUGCUAGUCUUUUUACCGGGAUUUGGCGAAAUUGAACAAUUACGUACUGUAUUUCUGUCAUCAAAACAUAAAAAUGCAAAAUGGGAUAUAAUUAUUUUACAUUCUUUCAUCUCGAUCGAAGAGCAGCAAAAUAUAUUUAAAAAGCCACCAAAAAAUUAUCGACGUAUCAUAUUAUCGACAAACAUUGCUGAAAGCAGCAUUACCGUACCCGAUGUUAAAUACGUGAUUGAUUUUUGCAUGACAAAACAGCUCGUCACCGGCUCUGGAACUAAUUAUCAAUGCUUGCAACUUUGUUGGGCAAGCAAAUCCAAUUGUGAACAACGUGCCGGUCGUACAGGCCGCGUGAUGAACGGUAAGGUAUACAGAAUGGUGCCAAGAGCAUUUUACGAGAAUGUGCUAUCGGAAGAAUCUAUUCCGGAGAUGCUCAGGGCUCCGCUCGCACAUGUAAUUCUUAAGGCGAAAGUGCUGGAAAUGGGCGAGCCGAAAGCUUUCCUUGCUCUUUCUUUGGAUCCACCUAAUCUCAGCAAUAUACAGGAGACUAUAUUACUAUUGAAAGAAGUUGGCGCAUUACUUAAUAGGGGCACGCAAGAAUUUGAUGGGGACUUGACGCCCUUGGGUCGUGUAAUGGCCAGUCUCCCAUUAGACGUACACGUGACCAAAUUGAUUGUCCUGGGCCAUAUUUUCGAGGUUUUGUCAGACGCAAUUAUUCUCGCGGCUUCCAUGACCGUUGAGAAUAUAUUUGAAAAUUUCGAAUACUUCGACGCGGAGUCAAUUUAUCGCGAGAGGUUGCGUUGGGUCGCCAAUUCUCAAAGCGACUUGAUAGCGUGUUUAAAUGCUUAUAACGUGUGGCAAGAUAACAAAACAAGCCGCUAUAAAAACAGUCCUAACGAGGAAAGAGAUUGGGCGCGAAGAUAUGGUCUUUGCGUGAGAUCGCUACGCGAGAUGGACGUCUUUAUACGCGAAAUAACAGAAAAUCUGCGCAAAUUUGGAAUAAUAAAAAUAAUGAGUUCCGAAAAAGAUAUCUGGCUAAGCCUCUGUAUUGAUCGUACUUUUGUACUCGAAUUUAUAAUCGCUGGUGCAUUUUAUUCUAAUUAUUUUAUCAAAUUCCCACAUAAUAUAAAUGAUGGCAAGCGGGAUAUAGAGAAGACAUUGGGUGGCCGCGAUCCGACGACGACGGUUGUCUUUGACGGCUGGCCGUCGAAACACCCCGGAUCACUGUACUCUAAGAAAAUUCAGGAGAUUUUUGGACAGCGUAUGGGGCUCAAAAAUUCGGAAAACAUAACUGUGUCCUUUGACGAGUCGAACCGCGUUUAUAUUCAACAUGAGCCGAAGAAUCGCCAACCAAACGAUGACACUUUUGUUCGAGAUUGCAUCAGAAUGAGGCAUUUUCGCGAUCAUAUCGAAGUUGAAUUGUUAAACGAGACGACGGCUCGUCAUCACCAAGACGACAACGACGACGACGACGACGACGACAAGGACGAUGAGGACCUUUGGCUUACGAAGGCAUAUACAAAAUUUAUGUCUGAAUCUUUCAAUCCGGAGAAACCGUCGUCGUGUAGACGCAAUAUGUAUGAUGAAAAACCGUAUUCAGAUUUACCAGAAGAAUCUAAAUAUCGAUCAGAAAUAAAAUUGCAAGGUCCCAUAGAACCUGAUGGUCCCAUGACCCAUAUGGUGACAAAAGAAAAGGAAAAAGUAAUAUCAGUGAAAUUCACAUCGGUAAAUUCCGUUCUACUCGAUUCCUGCCCAGCGAGUUUGAAAGAAUUUUUCCUGGUGGCGCAAAAUAUCUUACGAAAUUCCAUGAACAUGUCGCACCUGACUUUACAAAAUACAACUCUCUUCUCCACUACGCCUGAUGGUCUCACGUCGCUCGUCAAUUUAAUUUUUACACCGCGCACGGAACUACGACGCAGUCCGAUGGGCACUUAUUACACAGGCGCUCUGUGUGGAUUGGGAUACAAUCGCAUUACGGAACAGAGCUUGUUUCCGGACCACGAUCUGGAAAUUAUAUUUGACGUCGAGAUCACGAUGAACGAUUUGCGAAUGAUUAACAAGCUUCGCCAUUGGAUGAAUGUUGCAAUGGACUUUAAUAGAUAUGAAAUUGUAGACGACAAGGCUCAUCGUGAUAUGAUUAUAAAUUGUCAGAAUUAAAUUAAAAAUGCGUUCAAAGAUGUGAUAUACAAGACUCGUAAGAAAAUAGAACCAGUUCCAGUCAGUAAUUUUAACAAGUGGAAUCGAUACGACGAGACUCUAUUUCUCGUGCCUGCUCGGGAAACGCGGAAUACAAAUAAUGUAUACCGUUUACACAAAGCGUUGGAAUUGAAUGAAAAAAGCGAUAAGUUCAACAGACUGGAAGAAAUAAUCAGUAAUUUGUUGAAAUUGGAGGCUUUAGCUCAUCAAAACCCGUUUGAGACGACCAUUGCACCAGUUUACUGCAAAUUGUGUCUAACGGAGAUAAAUGGUAUCUUCAAUCUUCGUGCACAUUUGGGCUCGAAACAACAUACAACGAAACAAUGCUUGAUAAAUACGACUGAUGAAUUUGGAGGAAAUCUGCAGAAACUUAUGGAAACAAUCAGGCCAUAA